GUUUUGUGUUCAGCCAACAUGGCGGACGACUUCGACGGCAGAAACGAGUUUGGUGGAAAAGGAUUCUACGAUAAUUUUGGCGAUGCUCCUAGGUAAAAAUCAUCAAAUUUCCUCGUUGUAGAAAUUUUGUAUAACAAACUCGAUUUUGUUCCUUAGGGAUUAUGGUGGAUCGUACGGUGGAGGAAGACGGCGUGGUGGAGGAGGUGACCGAGGGAAUCGCGAUCGCGGUCCAAGGCCACUUCCGACAGAGCCACCUUUCACUGCAUUUGUAGGGGGACUUCCCCCAGAAACUGUCCAAGGAGAUCUGGAUCGCAUUUUUGCAGAUAUUAAGGUUAGUUAUCGUACCGAUCAAAGACAAAAAAAAGGCCUAGUUUGAAUGGAGUUGAUGCUCCGAUCAUGAUUUCUAUAAUAACCCACGCGUGCUCUCCCGUGCAGUGAUUCUCUCGAUUCUUUACCUUCAAACUGCAUGGCUUUACUUUCGGUGUAGGUUUUGCUCGGGUGUUAAAGAGAGCGAAGCUGUAGUGUACUUGCAGGUCAGAUGUUUUUCCAUUCAACAUUGACAUUGCUGUCAAUAAGAUUUACAAGCUUAUUGAUCUCACAACAACAGUGUUUUAUACAAGCUUAACAAAAAACUUAUAAGUCAGCGAUCUCGUUAUUCAGAUAAAGUGCUGCAGCAAACUCUUGCUAGUUAAGUUUGGCGCGAAUACUUCGUCACAUUUUCAUUGUUUCUCUUUAAAUAUUUUAAGGCGUGGAUAACGUUGUCUUCUUUUACAAUAAUCAUGGCAACGCAUGCAAGACACAUGCAAAUAUAACAGGUGUUGAGGAGUGGCAAGGUAUUCUGCAUGAGUAUUCUGCAGAUAAAUGAAAUUGCUUAGAACUGAACCUGGUUAAAUCCAAGGUUUUUUUUGGAUGAGGGAAAAAGGUGUUUAUCAGAAACAAGGGAUGUCAUCUAUUACUUCAUUUUUAAAUUCCCAGGGGGACUUUAAAAGUAUUUUCCUCAUUAAAAGGGAAGGAGGUUGGUGAGCAAAUGAUCGGUGAAGGUUUUAGUGUACAACUGCAGCUCUAAAUGAAUCCUUGCUUAUUUCCACACAUGAUCAAUGUCAUCGACAGGGACUGGGAGUCACAAUCACAUUUUUGUGAGUUGAUGGUCCUUUAAUAAUUAAUCAUGAUACUUCUUCUGCAAAUUAUUUAUGGUCAAAGGCAGAUAAAUGACCCCUAUUUUUUUUAGUCCUACCAAUUUUAAAUGGUCUCAGCAGUUCCUUAGAUUUUAAGUUUUGGCUAUAUUUUGUCUUGAAAAAGUUCAUGGAAUAGAGUUGCUUUCAGGAAGGUAACAAAGCAGGGGUCUAUUGCCAUGCUUCCAAGUAAAAAUGCAAAUUUUCUGAUGGUUAGAAAUGGUAGUUUUGAAUUUUUGGCAGAAUGUUUGCAUUGCUACAGAUGCCAUCAAUGGAAAACUUGUGGGUGAAUUUUUGGGGAUCCCCCUUUACAAACAGACCUUACUUUCUGUCUGGUUCCCUCUAUUUUUAGGCUUGCCCCCACCUCCUCCUCCUCCUCCUCCUCAAAUCUCACAAGCUCUCGCCUAUUAAUAAAAUAAUGAACAGUCUGUAAAUAAUGGCUUGUCAGUUGUAAUGCUUGUUCAAUGACCUCUCAAUAGACAAAUUUGAGGAUGAUAAAUAUUUUGAUUUUAUUGUAGGAAUAUAUCAGAAGUGUUCGAUUGGUGAGAGAUAAAGAAACUGAUAAAUUUAAAGGUACCAUAAUAAAACAUUAUUUUUAAAAUUUCCUGGCUCUUCUCUUGAGCUGAAUUAUAAAAAAAAACAGAUUAAUUUGAGUCAAAUAUUUUUAGUCUACUGAUCAGAGAAGAUUGUGAGUGAUUUAAAACUGUGACUCAAUCCCUUUUGCAGGUUUCUGUUAUGUUGAAUUUGAUGAUCUUGCUGCUCUUAAGGAAGCCUUAUUGUAUGAUGGUGCAGUAAGUACACACAUGUACAUUGAUUGGCUAACCAAUGGUGACUAAGAUCAAUUUUCUCCUAACAAUAUCUAUACAUUGUCGACAGAUACGUUAUGAGAAUUAAUAAAAUCAUCACUCAAGUAAAAAUGCCUUGAUCUUCUUACAAAUUCUCUCAACUCAUUCUUUAAGGAAAUGUAUGGAGAUGAGUUUGGAGAAUUUGUAUGUGGAUACUGGGGCUUACAGGGUUAACAUACAGUUUAUUGUCAUUUGGUGAGCUUGGGUUGCAUCUCUGAGCUGAAUAAAAUUGUGGCUAAGCCAUUGCCAAAAAUGAUGGCUGGUCAACAGACAGUGCCCGGCUAGAAUGGCAACUUGAUUGGCCAAAAACUACACUGGCCAGUCAUGUUGACCUUGGGUGUUGACCGGUCAUGAACACCCUCAUUCUUGGCCAAACAGCCAAAUCCACAGCUGUAAACUUAGAUUUUGGUCUCUUUGUUUAAAUACAUUAUUGUACAAUCACGUUCAUAAUUAGAAAAUUUAGCAAGGAUAAGUUAAUUUUUUUCAAUGUUUUGACUGGUCAGAAUCAAGGCUUGACUGACAAAAAAUUUCUUUGGCCAGUCAUUAGGUCUGGCCACUGUCUGAAAAUUAUUUUGAGCCCUGUAAGCACAGGUAGUGUUCAUGGAAGUCCUGACCUACCUUACUGUUAAUAACACCAAGCACCACCAAAAGUAAAAAUGACUGGUAAACAACAUACAGUGCGUGCCAGGAACAACAUCAUUCUUAGGGUAUUGUGGAGACAAGAAUAUGGGCUUCUUCAAAUCACCCCAUUUAUGAUGAAAUUCUGGCUGAUUGAGUUGCCUGAAUUUCAUUCACUCCAGUGCAUUGCAGGUUUGUCAGCUGAGUUGUCAAAGUAAGCGCCCAGUCUAGGGAUAUUUUAUUAAAAAAAAACCAUCUGUAAAGAAGUGCUGAGCAGAGUAGCCAGCCGGAAGUAACCAAGAAGGCGGCGAUUUUCACUGGCAGCCAGCUACUUUUGACAACCCUGCAUUGGAAAGUACCGGAAUGCUGAAGGCCCAGCAAUAUCUUAUUAUUAUUAUUUUCAAGAGUAAAAGGAAGAGAUCAAAACUAUCCCCCAGUGACCAUGACAGGCUUUACUGCUUCUGUCCUGAGCAAACAGGAUCAUGUGACAGCUGGUUUAUCAUGGAAAUUGUUAUUGUACUUAAGCACUAUAUAUUCACAGCACACCGAAACCUUGCCCCUUAAUUGCCACUUCAUGGCAUGCACCCCUACAAGAAUUCAAAGAAAUACCUUCUGGACAGCCUGCUCUGCUAUUCAUGCCAUGUGAUAAUGUAACUAAAAUUUUGUUAAUAUUAGGAAAUUGGCAAUCAAGGAAGAUCUCUGAGAGUUGACAUAGCCGAAGGGCGCAAAGAAGGUGGGCGUGGCAGAGGUGGAGGAAGAGGAGGACGAGGUGGAGGGGGAUAUUCUCAUGGUAGGGGUACAAAUAGUUACCUACUGGUAUAAAAUAUAAGUUAAAUAAAAAUGGGUUAAAUCCUGUGUAGAGAGAUUUCCUAUGUUAGCUAGGUUUAGGCAAUGGUGAAAAGGGAUGAGGGGUGGGACCAGGGGAGGGGGUGAAAUUGGACAGCUGGUGUCAAGUUGUCAGAGAAAACAAAUAAAUUUUUUCCUUACUUUCAAUACACAAUUUAGGGAAAAAAUAUUAUUCUGAGGAUAAUAAAUUAACAAAAUGAUCAUCAAAGAGAUAAUGCUUUGAUCUUUUAUCAAGUUCUCUCAACUAAUUCUGUUAGGAAAUGUAUAGAGAUCAGCUUAGAGAAUUUGUAUGUGGAUACUGGGGUUUAAAGGGUUGAUGCAACAGUGCAUAUGCCUGACCUGAUUUUCUGUUUCUUUUUAGGUGGAUAUGGUGACAGAGAUGGACAACAUGGUGGACGAGGUAUUUAAAUGCAUUACUCUUUUAGCAUAGCUGAAUGGUGUCUCAAACUGACACUCUGGGUUCAAUUCCUGUGCAUGUCGUAUAUGGCUCAGAUUCCAAGGUUCAACUCUGGUUCUCUCUUGCCUCUUGAGGAUCAUUUAUUGUAGAUUAUUAAAUUUAUUUGAGUGUUAUUUAACUAGCUGAAGCAGCUUAUUGCAUUUCCACAUUGAACAAAAAAAAUUUACAUUUUACUUACUUUUGUAAAGGUCACGUGCACAAGUUCAGAAAGUUUUAAACCCUAGAAGAAUGGCUUAAAAUUCAAAAUAGGUAUUUCACUAAUCUAGUCAUAGGCUCCACCCGGUACCCAGUUAUAAGAUGGAUCUUCAUGGCUUGAUUCACAACCAAAAAUUAGUCAGAUAAAGAUUGUUAGAAAGAAUUUGUUGUAUGUUUUUGAUCACUACUUUGAUAUUUACAGGAGGUGGAAACUGGAGCAGCAGAGGAGGUGGUGGCAAUUGGGGCGGUGGUGGAGGAAGCUGGGGUGGCCGAGAAGAUGGCUGGGGUGGGCGAGAUGAAGGAAGAAGAUCUGGUGGAGGAAGAUAUGGUAACAGAAGUGGAUUUGGAGGAGGUGAUAGAAGAGGUCCACCACGGUCGGAGGAGUUUAGAGAACCUUCAGCAGGUAAGAAAGUACUCUAAUCUCUUCACUCCUUGAAGUAACCAAAGUUGAAGCAAUACAUAGCAAAACACAAAACCUCCAAAUUUCUUUACCAUAGACUGCUGCUUUUAAGCCCUGCUCUUAUAAAUUUUCUUAAGGGGUUUUUGGAGGGCAUAUAAAAGGAGGGGCUUAUGAUUUGAGGGGCUUAUAUCCGGAAUAGAAAAAGUGCUUUAAAACAAGCCAUAGUAGUGCUGUUCAAAAUAUAUUUUGCAUUUACUGCCCUUUAAUUAAGCCUCAAAAGGUCAUAAUAGAUCAAAUUAAUUUCAAUACAAGCGAGAGGGGGUCUUAUAUCUGGGGGGCUUAUAAUCGGACAUGUACAGGUAGUUGGGCUUGUAGCUGGGAGGGCUUAUAAGUGUGCUAGGGGAUCUUAUAAGCAGCAGUUUAUGGUGUGUAAAGUAAAGAAAACAUGUUACCAUACCUAUUUGCUACUGCUGUGUCCUGGCACAUGAAAAUCCCUAAAGAUUCUCCAUUUGGUGAAGCAGUUAUUACAGUGUUUUUAGAAAACAUUCACAUUUAUUUUUUUCCUUUAUAAAAAUAGAGGAGCUUGCAGCCAGACCAAGAUUAAAACUCCAGCCACGCACAGUUAAAGAUCCCGUGAAUGAAGUGGCAUCAAGUGUUCAACAGAUGACAAUAUUUGGUGGAGCAAAACCAAGAGAUGAACAUAAAACAAACAGAGAGGAAAGAGAUAGAAGCGAAAGCAAAUCAAGCCAAAGUAGUGACUAAAAAGGCAAGGUAAAGCAGCAUUGGUGCUUUAUACCUGUGGCUAAAUUUGCUUUCUCUUUUUGUUUGCUAUUUUGCUCAAUCAUUUGAUAUAGUUUUGUCAUGAUAUCACCAGUGCAAGGUUUAGUAACAAAUUCAUGCAACCAGGUUACAUACUUUCAGUCACAUGAAAUCGUAGGUCACAUGAUUUUCAAGUAGACAAAGAUGAUUGGUGUUAGUAGUGUAUUUUUCGUCGUUGCUUCCAUUCAUUGAACUGGGCACUGAUUAAGACAUGGUACUUGCAAUAUGCAUAUUUAGUGAUUCCUCAAAGGUACCCAUUUUGGUACUAAAGUUCUUAUUGCAUGUCCUAAUCCUGUAAUUCUACUUCCACUACAGGAAAAAUAUUAUUUUAAUUGAGGACAAGACUGCUUUGUUGGAUAUUGAAGACAUCAAAAGCUGCUGCAGAAAUAAGGCAUGUGCAGCAUUUUCAUCUCAAGAGCAACUCCCUGUUCAGCUUUCCAAUCAGUAGAUUUGUCAAACUAUUUCUACAUUUCAAGGCUUGGUGUUACUUGGAAGUUGUGAAAAAUCCAUAGUUGAUGAUGACUUUCUGAAACAAUCCUUCUUUAGGACUGCUGUCAAUGGUCAUAGAACUGCAAGAGUUAAACAUUAUAAAUUAAUAUGCAUGUUUCUUUUUACUCUCUGUUGCUUGUUGGAAUCAUAUCCUUUAGAUAUUAUUAUAAUUCUUUGUGUACACUUGAUUGUAGAUUUAUUCCUCCAGUCAUUUUCCUUUCUCAUAUUUUGUUUAUUAGAAUUUCAGUUACAAUCCUAUACAUUAAGUGACAUAAACAAUUUAACAUUUUUCUUGAGGAAGUUAUUAAAAAUUGUCGAAAAAAAUGAAAACCCUCUCCUGUUCAUAUUUCACUGUUGUGUUAUUGAUGAUGACUUCAAUUUUCUUCUCUCUUUGGGAUAUCGUAAUAAAAUAAAUAAUUGGUCACUUUGUUUUAACUGCACGCAGAAUGAAAAAUUAUUGCAGUUUAAAAAUUAAUAGCCACAAAUAAAGAGAAAAAAAUAUACACUUUUCUGUUUUGGGUGAUUCUCUUUUUCAACAAAAGAGUGUUCCUGUAUUCAAUUGUCCCAUUAUGUUUACUUUUAAUCUAUAUACUUUUACUGAAAAUGUUAGAAACUCUCCUUGAGCUCGGUAGCCUGGGUCAGGCUCAUUAAUUUUUGUAUACUUUAGUUCUAUUGUUCAUCAAAGCUUUUUCCUUCUAACUAGUAGACGUAUUGACUAAUGGGCACUAUUCUCUGACUUAAAGAUGGUCAUUUAAGGGGUCAUCAGUGAAUCAGUAGUUUCAACAAUUUUCUUUAUGAUGUACUGUUUAGAGAAGAUGUUUCAUUCUAAGCAAUGGUCUGAUGGGUUGAUGGAAAUAAUGUUAUUAGGGGCUUUUUAUAUGAUACCAUAAUGACUUUCAUUCCAGAACGAGUUUCGUCCAAGUGUGAAGCUUGUACUGCAUUCACAUUAUAAAACUGAACGGCUGAGCCUAAGGUGUCUCGCUGAAAUGUGUGGUUUUCGUCCCAUAUCGGAUACGCAAACACCACUCAACUCAGACUAAACAAUUUGUGAUUUUCAAUCCAGAACAAAGCUAAUUUUCAGUUGCAUGAUGCCAGAAUGGAAUUCCGUACCAGAACGGGAAUUUCAUGCGGCCUGGAAGCCGGAAUGAACUAAUUCUAGAAUGACCUGUAGGGGGAUGGAACAUUGCAAUUCGGUAUCAUGUAAACAAAUAUAGAGAAAUAUAAGGAGAUGGAAUGAAUUCAUUACAGAAUGAAAGUCAUUCUGGUUCCAUAAGAAGAGCCCCUAAGUCUGUUGACCAGUCAGAAACAUUGAUGUAAUGUUAAUGCCUAUUAAAGUUGUUACCAAUGAUCUGAUUUUGUGACAAGGUAUUGAAAAAAUGUAUGUCACCCAGACAGGAUUUU